AUAACGCAUUAGGUUAUAAAUGUAAACAAAGUGCAAUAUUUUUAAAAAAUAAAACUAAAACAAAGCAUCGAAAUGAGCAAGUUGUGGAAGAAGUAUAUACUCUGGUUCGCCCAGGAGCAUGUGGACUUUCGUUUAGCUGAAUUUGAGUCACUGUCAAAAUUAUUUGGCUUCAAAUUUCAGCAUUUAUCCGAUCAGUUUUUGAAACCGUUUUGGCUGGUAGAGUUUCCCAAUGACGAGACUGCCCUGCAGUUUGCCUCCAGGUCCGUUGCCCUGCGUGCCAUCUUCGAGUUGUAUGCCCACGGCCAAACAUUGCACGCGUUUCAUGAAAGACUUCGCAACCAUGUGGAAUCGCACCCAGCCAAAGUUGAGGCACAUUUUGGAGCCAACACGAGCUUUAAGAUCACUGUGGAGACCUAUAAUAAGCAUUUCAGUCAGCGCGAAAAGAUAGACAAGAUUGAAACAAUGAAUUAUUUACCAUUGUCUGGUCCUGUGGAUCUUAAGCAUCCUAAAGUGGAGUGGUGGUAUAUUGAAUUCUGGGGAUUGGAUCCCACGGCCGUGCCGCCCGUUCCAGAUGACAUACUCUUCGGACGCUUACUGGCCGCAGGCCAGAGGCAUUUAAUCAAGGACCUAUCACUGAAGCAUCGAAAAUUUAUUGGCAACACCAGCAUGGAUGCCCAAUUGAGUCUACUUAUGGCCAACCAAGCACUGGUAGCUCCAGGAGAUCUGGUCUUCGACCCCUUUGUGGGCACCGGCUCAUUGCUAGUAAGUGCAGCUAAAUUUGGCGGAUAUGUAAUGGGCGCCGAUAUAGAUUACAUGAUGCUACAUGCCCGCUGCCGCCCCAGUCGUAUAACCCAAAAGGUGCGAGAGAAGGACGAGAGUAUUAGAUCAAAUCUCAAACAGUACGGUUGCGCCGAUCGCUAUAUGGAUGUGGUAGUUGCUGAUUUCUCCAAUCCCCUGUGGCAUCCGCGGGUAUCAUUUGACAGCAUCAUAACAGAUCCGCCCUAUGGCAUACGCGAGGCUACAGAAAAAGUGGAAACAAAGGUAACUGUCAAAGAGGGCACGCGAAACUCUGAUAUGGCUCACUAUCCCUCCACAUCGCAUUAUGCUCUGCAGCAGUUGUAUGCCGAUCUACUCGAUUUUGCAUCAAAGCACUUGAGAAUAGGCGGUCGUCUCGUCUGCUGGCUUCCAUUUCAUCGAGAGGACUACAGUGAAGCUACAUUACCGCAGCAUCGUAAUCUCCAACUUGUGGCAAAUUCAGAGCAAUUGUUGACGGGUCAAACGGCACGACGUCUGCUCACUUACGAGAAAUGCUCCCAAACGGAGCCAAGCGAUUGGUCCGUACCGCCCCUACACGUUGCCACUCCCUCAGAGGAUUUUCGGGACCGUUACUUUAACAAUUGUGUGGAGUCGCGUCAGGAUCGACGCAUGCGCAAAGCCGAACAUCGGGAGCAGGGACGCCUUGAAAUGCAAAGAAGAGGCAAAGUCCCAUCCGAUAGUCGGGCCAAGAAAUGCGAUUUAAAUAAAUCACGCUUUGAUUAGAAAUUAA